UCCAGCGCUCGACGGGCUCGUCGACACAAGCGCGCAUCAAAUUCCUCCGAUCGGCUACCCCCUCGGGCGAUAUCCGUCUUGGAACGCCUAGCUUGUGCUUCCCUCGAGCCCACUAAGUCAGUCGAUAUGGUUGCCGGCGGUGCGCCACCCAGAGGAAGUGCAGCAGCAGCUGCUAACAUGCGCAGGCGGAGGGCAGCAGGUGGUGGUGCGGCAGCAGCGGGUGGAGGUGCCAGUACCAUGCUCCAGUUCUACACUGAUGAUGCCACAGGGGCCAAGAUGUCUCCCAAUACUGUUCUCUUCAUGAGUAUCGGAUUUAGUGCUGUGGUUGCUCUUCUGCAUGUCGUUGGUAAGCUCUAUUUUGUUCCUCGCUAGAGCUUCAGGCGUGCAGCGACUCUAAUCUCAGUAAAAGUGUACUUUUUCCAAGCAAGCACCUUGUGAAUGUACCCCUGUUAGAUCAUUUAUCAGAUGUAGACAUGAUUCAUUUUAGCAGUUUAGUUUAGGAUUAGCAGCUAUUAGCAUUAUGAGAAUUCUAGAAUGUAUGUAGUUCUACAUGUAUGUUAGUUUUAAGAGAGAUCCAACCUGCAGCUCAAUGUUUAAUUUGUAACAGAUAAAAUGAUUGAACUGCAUUAUGCCUGAAUUAAAAUGCAUAUUUGAUC